AUGAAAGCUUCUGUAACUUUUGUAUUCUGCACUGCUUCUCUAUGGCUGAUAUGGAUGUUUUUCUCUGUUUUCUACCUGUACGAGAAAGAUGAGAAAAGAUCUAUGACGGCCGUCGUGAAAAUUCACCCAGGCCUUAUAUCGAUACCAGAAGCGGAAGUUCCUAGCGUUAGCAAUCCGCCACCGCAGUUCCGCACGGCAGUUGUUCUACAAAAAUUGACCCGAUUGGAUUGGGAAAAGCAGAAACACCCGCAUAAAACGACUCAACAACUGCUACAACAUCUCCGAUCCAAGGGAUAUGAUGUUACCGACAUGAUCGAAAGUGAUAAGAAACAAAAAGCAGCCGUGAGGGAGAUCCUGGCUAGACUUGAAGAAGCGAAGAUCAUCAGUCAAGUGGUCACACGGCAAUCACUUCGUGCUGCAGUUCCAUGGGCCGACUUGGUUGUUUCCGCCGGCGGAGAUGGUACAUACCUGACGGCUGCGGCCGCAGUUGCGGACAAAACACCCGUGAUAGGCAUCAACACCGAUCCUGUCGGAUCUGAAGGACAUUUGUGCAUAGGUGGUAAAAAUCCUCCACAUGAUCUGUUCAAGCGAAUUGUUGAAGGAAAAUUCCAAUUUGCAAACCGGAAUCGGAUCCGAGUUACCGUACUCAAUAAAAAACAGGAUGCUAAAAAUGACUGCAUACUAGCCCUUAAUGAAGUUUUUGUUGGAGAAGAUGAAGCAGCCAAGGUCUCUACCUAUUCCAUUUCGAUCGACGAUCAACCCAUGGUAAAACAGAAGAGCAGUGGACUCAUUGUCAGUACGGGUACGGGAAGCACAAGUUGGUAUUAUGGAAUGAAUCGAGUGGAAGAACAAACUGUUUCUGCCAUACUGGAAGCCAUGCAGAGUAUGGGAGUAGAGGUCAAAGCGAAUGUAAAAGAGCUAUCCGAAGAAAUCGCGAAGAAAAUGAAUGACAAAAUCACAUUCGAACCGGAUCAUCCUAAUUUUGCUUACUCCAUCCGCGAACCAAUCUUCAAUGCCACCUUCAAGCGCACAAGUGUUCGAGGUUUUGCACGUCGCAUUCGUCUGAAGUCCAAGUGCUCCAAAGGAUUCUUGGUCCUCGAUGGAGCCACUAAAAUCCCUUUCAAUAGCGGAACUGAAGUUUUGCUUGAAAUAUUUGAAGCUGACGCUUUGAGAACUAUCAAAUUAUAGCAAAACGAGCAGCUAUACUCCUUUUGAUAGCGAUCAGCUAUAUUGGCGAUUAGCGUCACACAUGCGAACCUUAGGUUCUUUUAUCUCUUGAAUCAUCAAAAUCAUUUCCUGAGCAUAAUCACUGAUGAUGUUCACUUAACUAAACUAUAUACAUACCAAUUUGUGAUGAAAAUUGCAUGUGCCCCUUGAUUAAACAUUUCCAAAAAUUUAGCUCUGUUGAUAAAUGAAUAUUAUUCUUAUCUGUAGUCUUUUCAUUCCUAAUAAGUAACCCUUCACUUAUUUGUAACUAAUCGGGUUUAUCACAUGA